UGGGAGUGGGACCAUCCUUAUCUACAACUUAAACACAAGACUGUGACACUUUGAGGAGAGUUUCUUCUGAUUUGGCCUUAUCCAUUCACAGGACACGAACAGCACAAAAUCUCCAAUUACCAGCCCCCCUGCAUCUUCCAUCAAUGGCGUCAAUUGCUUCUCUUCAACCUCUUCCUCUUCACAAUUCAGUAUAUCAAUCAGCCAAGACCCACCCUACUCUCUCCAGGAGCCUUUCUUCACGAUCAGCGUUUCUGGGCUCAAAACUCUCGUCAUGGAAAACCAACCAGAAGAAGAACAAGAACGGAACUCUGACGGUGGUCGCUGCCGUUGGGGACGUCUCAGCCGACAGCACCAGCUAUCUGAUAGCCGGCGCCGCCGCGGUGGCUCUGCUGGGAACCGCCUUCCCCAUCCUCUUCUCCCGGAAGGACACUUGCCCGGAAUGCGACGGGGCAGGCUUUGUCCGGCAAUCCGGCGCCACCCUCAGGGCGAACGCAGCUCGGAAAGACCUGACCCAGAUCGUCUGUGCCCGUUGCAAUGGCCUUGGCAAGCUCAACCAGAUCGACAAACAGUAGAACCCAACUUAAUUCCUGUUGUGUAUUCGUAGUUGGAUGUUUUCUUGUACACGCAUAUAACACUGCAUGAUAUGCCUGUACUGUACCUCGUUCUUCGUUCUACUCUGUUAUCUUCUGCAAAUGAAUACAUCUACGGACAUUGCACAUUGUUAUCA